AUGGAUAUGUACUUUGGUGUAUUGUUAAAAAAAACCGUCGUUUUUUGUGCUAAAAUUGAUUAUCUAACGUCCUUUCCAACAUAAAACUGAACAACAAAAAUGAAAAACGCUACUCGUCUUCAUCUCAAGGGGGAUAGGUCUUAUUUUUGCAUGGAGCUUCUUAAUAUCUAGUGUAUUGUUGCUUCGGUAUUUUUGAGAACCUAUUAACCAUGACUGUGUGCAGGCAUUCCACAAGUUUGAUACAGGUGGUCCUCUCUGGAGACAGCACCAAUUUUGCUUGAAAUGUUUAGACAACGUCCUCUUUAAUGCAAAAUAUCUAGUUCAGAAGUGCAUGUCAACUGGAGAUUAAGAUUAGUGGUCACAGUAAGGAUAUCUAACCCACAAACUCUCUUCAGUUAUUUCUAGACUGCAUUCCGCCAAGAGGCUAAAUAUCGACUGCGUUAGUAGCUCGAGUUUUACUUCGAAGAACCAGCCAAGUAGAUGGCUAGGGUGGGGCAAAGAAUUUCAUCUGUCAACCCCGCCUUUUAAGGAUCGUCUCUUUAGACAACUUUACUAUAACUCUUUUUUUCAGUGCAAUUAAACGAGCAGAAGUCCAGAUAUCCCGUAUCAGAAAAAUCUUAUUUGAGAUCACUUUGAGGGAAUAAGUUUUAAUAGUUGAUCCGACCAAGAGUUGAGACAUGUUCCUGAAGCUGACACGAUUUAGUUCCACCGUUGAACCCUGACACAGAAAAACGAGACGUUUUUUAAUUGCUUGUUUUGUAUUUUUGGUCAAGAUUCUUGGUUUUAAGUUUAUUGACAUGGUUAUGGCUUCGACUGAAUAUGAAGAACAACAAAGUGAGAAGAACGGAUGUGGAGAAACCAAAAGCCAUGAAGUACGCAUCAGAAAACGAAGUCUUCUGCAGAAGUUUGCUGUUGCCAUGUUUGCCGAUGGGAAAAUAGAUAACAUUGAUCAAAAUCAUAAGAAUCCAGAAAGUGAGGAUAAAAAAAUACGAGUUGUUCUAGAAGUACAGCAUCUUGAUCGUGAACGCAAGAAGAGUCUACUAAUGCUUGAUUUUGACGGCAUCCUGUUGAUAUUAAAACAUGAAGAGCACAAACAACCAACAUGUUUUGGUGCCAUGAAAAACCAAGUUACAACGGGCAGUAAAGCCGACGAUCAUGCAAUUGAUGAAGAGUUGUGGAACGCUAGACAAGAAGAAAUCAAAAACACUACUGAAGAAGGUUUGUGGAAAAAGACCACGAUUUGA